AUGAAGACACCAAUUUACUUUCUGAGCCAUGGCGGGCCCAAUAUCAUGUACGAUGUGCAUCACCCGGUGUACAACGAACUGGGAAAGAUAGGACGGGAAAUCACGACCAAAGUCAAACCAAGCGCGGUGGUGGUGUUUUCGGCGCACUGGCAGGGCGAUCAAAAUACCAUCUAUGUGAACACGGCGGAGCGCACGGAUCUGAUCUAUGACUUCUAUGGGUUCCCGAGUCAUUAUUAUCAGGAAAAGUACCCAAACAAGGGUAGCGCCACGGUGGCGCAGAGAGUACUCGAUGCACUCAAUGAUGCUGGAAUUGAUGCGAAGGGGGUCGAGCGUGGUCUCGACCAUGGAGUCUGGGCGAGCUUUAAAUGCGCAUGUAUUGACGGCCAAGGGCGUACAGCUUUUGAACCGGACUCGAAUCCUUUGAAUGUCCCAAUCGUGCAGGUUUCUCUCUUCGAUACCGAGGAUCCGACUCAACAUGUCCGGCUUGGUCAGGCCGUGUCUCGCUUGCGUGAGGAGAAUAUCCUGAUCAUCGUGUCCGGAAUGGCCGUACACAAUCUUCGCGAUUUCCGGUUCGCGUUUGGUAAUCCACAUCCUUUGCCAUACGCGGUCAGUUUUGACGAGGCUCUCAAAGAUGCCGUGACAAAGUCACCAGCCGAGAGGGAGAGGGCUCUCGUUGAUCUUCUCAAGCGACCCGAUGCUCGCCAGGCUCAUCCAAGCUUUGAGCAUCUGCUGCCCAUUUACGUUGGGGCAGGUGCGGCGGGCGAGGACACAGGCAAGAGACUCUGGACAAUGCCUGAGGGUUCCAUGAGCUGGGCGCAAUUUCGAUUCGGGGAAGUGGGCACUGCUGAACAUUGA